AUGCGAACCCCAUGUUGCCAUACAUUUCUUGCAUUCAUCCUCAAAUUCCUGAAUUUUUUGCAGACAUUUAUUGGUAUAUCAAUCAUAAUUUUCUCUGCUUACAUGCUUAACCAAUGGGAACACCAUACACCUCCUCCAGCUCCCACGCCGUACAACCCAGAAUUUAAGCUUCCCGGUGACACAAUCCCCGCUCUCAAUUCCGUUUCCGACGUCGUUUUUGGUGUUGGCCACAAUGGGAUCCGCCUCAAUUCCCACACCAACCCAGCUCCUUGGUUCAUUUAUGCAUUUAUGGGAGUUGGGAUAUUGAUUUGUUGCAUCACAUGUAUUGGUCACAUUGCGGCCGAAGCAAUCAAUGGCUGUUGCCUUUGCUUUUAUGCUCUACUCACCACUGUAUUUGUUCUGUUGGAAGCAAGUUUGGUGGCUUUUAUAGCACUUGAUCACCAAUGGGAGAAAGACCUCCCACUUGACCCCACUGGAGAACUUGAUAGUGUGCGUGCAUUUAUUGAGAAAAAUGCAGAUGUUUUAAUGUGGUUUGGCAUAUCCAUCAUUGUAAUUCAGGUGUUAUCCCUACUUCUUGCAACAACACUCGGAUCCUUGGUUUCCAGUCGGAGGGUAGACCAUGAUAUUGAGGAAGAUUAUGAUGCUAGGAGUAGAACGAGGGAGCCAUUGCUUAGUCCACAUCCAAACCAAGCAUCUGGGUCAACCAGGGCCAGGGGCGAUGAUAAAGUGGUGCACAAUGACAUCUGGAGUUCACGGAUGAGAGAAAAGUAUGGACUAAACGGUGGUGAUGCCACGCAUACUUUACGUCACCAAAAUUCCUCGACUGACGCAAAAUCGAAGCAGUGA